CGCCAAGUACCUGCUGUCACGACGCCUGCAAAUUUUAAGCAGAAUGUCUCCUGCUCCGCACUGACAAACAGUACUGUUAACAGUAGCAUCAGCAAUGAAAGCGCUGAAGUGUUGAGUGACGAGCCAUCAUCAUCGAAUGGAUUCUCUGCUGAUCCACCAGCACCGUCAUCUUCCUCAACCUCUUCUGGUGCGCCACUGAAAAAGCGUCGAAAGCGAACAAAUUUACACAUGGCGCAGCGCACUGCACUGGACACCUAUUUCGAUAUCAAUCCUCGCCCCGAUCAUGACAGGAUGGCUGAAAUUGCCGAAAUUGUCGGAUUAGACAGAGAUGUAGUUCGUGUAUGGUUUUGCAAUCGACGCCAAAAACUUCGUAAAGAAUGA